AUGACAGAUGACAAACCAUUUGAAUGCACCAACCCUGGCUGUGGCAUGAAAUUCACCAACGAAGACCACCUAGCAGUCCACAAAGCGAAGCACCAACUCUCCCUGACCAUCGACGACAUCAGACCAGGGCUACUUAGUUUUGUCGCCGAUCAAACUCCGACUCCAUCAAAGUUUUUGAAGAAUUGUGAGGAUGUUGGGUUGUUUCAGGAUUUUGGCAAGAACCCUUUUGAAGAGGCCUUCAAGAGGGCUACUGAG